ACUGAUGAAUAUUGAAAUUACACACAAAAAAUAUCUGAUAUCCAUAUUAAAAAAAUCUAAUUACAAAUCCUGUAAGUACAUAAUUUGGGUAGGCCUAUAUAAUGCUGUGGUUGUAUAGCUUCUAUUCAUCAAAACACAAAGAGUCAUAGACAGCUACAGCGAAUCUAUAGCUACCCACCAAUCAAAAUCAAUGGAUAAAAGUGAGCAAGUGACGCAAAAGGGGCCACAGGGUUUUGGGAAGAGAGACUGAGACGAACAGAAAGAGACAAGGGCCUUCUGUCUCAUUCCAGUUUUAUCUUUCAACAGACACUUCGUCUUGUCUAUACCUGGUUAUGGCAUGAACAAAUAGUAGAAACUAGUAAAAUUCCAAGAAGUGACUUUUUCCAAUUUUUUAAAGCUUUUACAGAACAUGCCAACACAUCACCAAGCAACUAGCCUGAAACUGUGGCAGGAGUCGUGGCAUCUGUGAUGCAGUUCAGCAUUGAACAGUGAUGAGAGAUUGAGCUCUAGCAUCUCCACCCUUCAUUACAUCGAGAGAGAGAAUGGAGAGAGUGAGAGAUAAUGGAGAGAGAGAGAUAGGCAAUAGCAAGACAACAUAACAUACACAUCUGCCUACAUUCUGUUCACAAACAGGUUCAGUGUCUACACACACACACAUUAUUCAGCUUUUAUCUUCAUGACAUUUCAUUAAAGCAGAAAGGUCAGAUGCAAGCAGGUUUCUGAUGAGUUCCUCACCUCCUAUGCUCCACCCACAAUUCAUCCAGUAACACACACACACUUUUCCUGUCACCUUAGAAGACACCAAACAAACCACAUGCCACACAUAGGCCAUCAGACGCUCAUAUGUUUUAGGAAUUUCACCUUUUUUCUGCCUGGUCCCUGUUCCAUCUAGGAUUUAGGUGUAUUGUACUUGUUUACCAAAGGAGGAUUCUCAUGCACGUCUUUAUAAGUUCCAGCACAGAGUCGCAUUACAAGGUUUGAAUAGGCUGCAAAGUGGUCUAGACCUGUGCUGUAUAGGUGAGAGAAGGCAUGGAUUAUUUACCCACCCAUAUAGGGAUUACACACAAUCUUAACCCGUCCAUUAGCCCAUUAUACUGGGCCAUCUUAGACAGACAGGCUACCUUACGGACAUCACCCACCACUAUUUCUCUCUUUCUUAACAAAACUCUAAUCCGCUCCUCCAGAAGUUAAAGGUGGCUGACUGAACUAAAAACCCUGUUUCCUUCCUUUGGUUUUCUUUCCGCUGAUGGCUCUCUUUAUUAUAAUUCGGACCCCCAGCCAAGGUGAAAACAGAUGAGAUCUUAUCACUAACAAUCCGGAAACACAAAAUCUUGAAAAGCAUAUCACAUUAUGACAUAUAGAUAUAUAGGCAAGAGACUUAGCGUUGCACACCAAAGAAAAAUAUGUAUAUUUAUAUAUUUUGUAAUGUAACGAAAAAUCUCACAAGCAGCUGCAUUAAAACAAAAAACAAAACUAGGUGGUUAUGGGGGAGUCCUUGGAUUUUAUACAAUAAAAUAAGAGAUUCUUCUCACAAAUCCAAUCCACACUCUUCACAAGCAACAUGGACCCCUGCUGGACAUUUUAGUAAAUGCAGACUAUUCAUUUAGAGACAUUCUGGCAAAAGUAACUUUAGUUGUGGAAAAAAGUCUAGAAGAUAAACAAUUUUUUUAUUUUAUUUAAAAUAUUGAAACACAGUAUCAUUUCUAAGGCCAAAACAUUUAUAUUGUAUUUUAUUUUUAAUAUGUGAACGCAUUAAAAUGACUUUCUAGCUAUUUGUUACUUUUUCUUUGUGAUGGUUUUCUGGGAAACAAAUAUGAAAUACCUACACUGUAAAAAAUACUUUGCUGUCUUAAAUUUUUUUGUUGAAUCAACUCGGAUUUACAAGUCAUUUCAACUUACUAUUAUUUAUCUUGACUUGAGAUGAGUUGUUAUAACUACAAGUGAGUUGUUAUAACUUAUAAAAUAAAGUUGACUUUUCUCAACUAUAUUUUAUAAGUUGUGACAACUCAUCUCUGUUGACAUGACUUGUAAAUCUGAGUCGAUUUAACAAAAAAUGUUAAGGCAGCAAAGUAUUUUUUACAGACAGCGUGACUAAAACAGUUUACACAGUUAAAACAGAGCACAGCUGACUCUUUAAAUCUUUCAACAUAGGCUACUGUAUAUUCAUUCUAUUCUUGUGGCAGAAAACGAGCCUUUUAACAUUAGUUUUGUAAUGUUUUUGGCGAAAUUAGGAGUUUAAACUGCAUCCGAUAGUGAUGAUUUAUGAUGCUACUGACACCUGAACACAUUUAACUAAUCCAGCACUUUUAUUCUGGGGUGGAUUCAUAUACAUUAAACAACAUAAUCGUCGUCUGGCCUCUCAAAAAUGUAAACAAUUUCCUUGACAGUGAAACGAAUCAACUUGACACAAGUUCGGCCUCAGUGACGACAGUCCACACGCCGGUUGUCAUGGUUACACGGAAAGCUAUCAAUUAAGAAGCGGAACAUGUUUCGCUGAUGUGUAAUCUCCCCUGCGACACAAUUUUAAAGAGAGAUAAAUAAAAAUCAUUAUUUCACAAAUCUAAUUGUUAUUUUUAAAUGCACAACCAAACAUUUGCCUCUUAGCAUUGCUCUUAAAUCUAGUCUUUGACAUAUUAAAAGUUUCGUAUUUAUAGGUUACUUCAUUUUGCACUUUAAUCCUAAAGUGCACGUGCUAUCUAAAAAAUAGACCGACUGAACAGAUAAUUGACCUUUAAUUAAAGGAAAUGCAGUUAAAUACUCAAUGUCUACCUAAAAACGGUACAUCAUCGCGAGAUUCGGGUUCAUAACAAAGUGUACAUUGCAAUAAUAAGCUAUUAACAAAAUGAUUAUAUUUAAUAAUAAAUAUCCUACACAUACAAAAAAUGUUGUAAAACCAGCAACAGAAUCCCACAGGUCCAAACUCGCGCAAUAUAACAUGCCUUACAAUUUAAAAAUCGCACUAUUGCACGACUUCACCGCAAUAUUACAUUGACAAGAUAACCGGAGUGCAUCUACGUGAGCAGAUCUAUAACGCACUCCCACGCGCGUGCCCGUUCAUUCAGCACCACAGCGACUGAACAGCGACAGCGUCGAGCGUGCCAAAACGGAGACGCGUACUGUUUAUUUAAACAGUAAAUAAACGUCGAAGGUACAUAGAUGACACAUUCGUGAUUUAUUUAAUUUUAAUCAUCGGAUUUUUAUGUGGAUGAUCUGCGUUUUUAUCGCUAUAACGAAACGUCAAAUGUAACGUGAUUGAGACCAACAACAAUCCACAGGCGUUUAAUACUUUUUUGCGCUCCUUCCUGUGCCGUAAAUCAUGCGACACUUUGAGAUCGUCUGUCCUUCCGAAAGACCAAAAAAGACCAAGAGAGGAGAGGAGGAUCGCGAGCAUCUCUUGUCGAGGCGAGAGCUCCGCCACACCUGACUGUUUUGCGCUGCCUCCGGUUGUGACAUGAAAACUCGGAGCAGAAAGAAACGGAUAAAGGGGCGAAGAGCUGCAAAAGGACACGUGGAUGUGAAAGAAAAAGAUUUCAGAUUCAAGGGGAGACCGAAUACACACAUUAACUCCGAAAGCGAGUGACAAUCACAAGCAUGGGAAUGCCAAAGAUCGAGAGAUGAUCGUGCAACAGUUGUUAACAGGGAUUUUUUGAAUUUAUCAUUCAAUCAUUGUUUUUUUUACUUUAUUGAAAUGUAUUAGUACGUGACGAAUAACUGUAUUAAGCGCUUAUACAGGAUCAGACAGCAGUUUAAAAAAAACACACCCGGACGUGGUUGGUUACCCUAAUUCAGACCCGUUGCAGUCAUGGGCUGCAUUCAGAGCGUCGCCUGUAAGCCCCGCAUUAAACGCGAGAACAUCAUUGUUUAUGACCUGUCAGCUACCAUUGACCAUUGCCCGACAGUGAUCGAGGAAAAUUCACCCAUUGUGCUCCGCUACAAAACCCCGUACUUCAAGGCCUCCGCCCGGAUAGUGAUGCCGCCCAUCCCUCGCAAUGAAGCUUGGGUGGUGGGCUGGAUUCAAGCGUGCACUCAGAUGGAGUUUUACAACACUUAUGGAGAUCUUGGCAUGUCAAGCUGGGAGCUGCCGGAGUUAAGAGAGGGACUCGUGAAAGCCAUCAGCGACUCGGAUGGCGUCAGCUACCCGUGGUACGGAAACACCACCGAAACGGUGACCCUCUCCGGACCCACGUCCAAACCCUCACGCUUCACCGUCAGCAUGAACGAUAACUUCUAUCCCAGCGUAACGUGGGCUGUACCGGUGAGCGAGAGCAACGUGCCUUUGCUAACGCGAAUCAAGCGGGACCAGAGCUUCACCACUUGGCUGGUGGCUCUAAACAUGGCCACGCAGGAGAAGAUCCUUCUCCAGACAGUCAAGUGGAGGAUGAAGGUGGACAUCGCCGUUGACCCUUCCAAGCCGCUGGGCUCUCGAGCGAGACUCGCUGGCAGGCUGUACCAGGACCAACCUAAGGUGUUGGCCCAUAUGGAACCCAUUCCUACUAAUGCUCUGGGCAACCCCAAUGCCAAUGAUGCCCAAGUGCUGAUGUGGAGACCCAAGCGAGGCCCGCCAUUAGUGGUCAUCCCAUCUAAGUAGCAGGGUAUGAGAAACUAGGAGCACUAGUUUAAAGAUCUGUUAAGUAAAUUUGCCUUAAUCCACACUGCUGCCUUUAAACAGAUACUUGGUUUCUAAAUGGUCCUCGAGACACUAAACUCUGACUUGUACAUUUGCCUUAAACCUCUUUGAAGUCAAGAAUUAAAGAGAAAAACAGUCUGAUACACCGAAGGCUGUUGAUAUCAGGAUAUUAUA